AUGCGUGCAUUUCACUCCUCCAAUGUAGUCUCGGGUGGCAGAACGCACCACGCUCACGCAGAAGCCAUCUCGAACGACGGCGAAGAGGAUGAACAAUAUGAUAGAUUUGAUCCCGUGGGAAUUCCGACUUACUUUAGCACCAAUCGUGCUCACAGAGGUGCAAGCGUUGCGCCCGUUUCGCGUGGACAAAGCGUAGAGUCAACAUACUCGACGGGUACAACAGGCCACUACAUUACGAGCAGUCAACCUGCGUCUCCUGGAUACACUGGAGAGCUUGUAGAACUGCCGAUCAAUAUGCAAUCGCGACUUAACAAUACCCUUGCCUCUGGUUAUUCCACGCCUACACAAGAAGCGACUACUCCCAACUCGAACAUCUCAUCUCAAGAACCGAUCAAGUCUCGGUUGGGUCACAAACGACAUUCUUCUGAACCCCCUCCUAUCGCAUACUCUGGAACUGUAGGCCCGCAACGGUCCCUCAGGCUGACCUACAACGAGACCUUUGCUCUACCAAAACGUCUCAGACGCCUACCAAACGCAGAAAAGUCGUACCCAUCAACCGCGAAAACAUCGGAUACAUACUCUGCCGCAUAUAAUCCAGCGAUAACUAGAUCGGACACAUCUCGUGAACUGGCUGCUCCUUACCUCCCGCCCGAAUCUGGCAUCGCUCAUUUGCAACCAUACCGUGCGAACGGUGUCCACCCUACGUCAUUCCCCGAGGAGCCAGUAUACAAUAACUCUCUUUAUGAACCCAGGGCAGAGUGGUUAAGAAGCAGUCUUCCUCUUGGGACCAAUGAGCCGAAGGUCCGCCCAUUGCCACAAAUUCCCUCGUAUACAUCAACAGGAAAUGAAUAUUAUCCCAAGAUCCGGGUCGGAAGUAGCUUCUAUGGCGGCGCUCAGUCCCAACACCCUUCGUCUCUCCCACCAUCUUACGCAGCCGGAGGUCAGCAGUUGGCAAGCUAUACGUCUAUUCAACACGGUCCACCAAAUGUUUCCUUGUCGCCUAUCGUACAAUAUCCAUCAGCCUGGAACUCUCUUGGUUCUGUCUCUUCGAUGAAGACUACUUCACGCGCCAUGUUUCCUUCGACUGCUCCUUACUCCCCCCACUCACCUCCCUCUUCCAUGAAUUAUCAACCGCAUUCACGUCAUAUGGCCGCGGAACCGAUAACACCAAACCCGCGUCGUAGAAUCAUCGAGGCAAGCACGUCAGGAGCACAUUCAGGAGAAGUAUCGCCAUCGGAAGGCGAAGAACUGCCAAUGCUACGUCUCACUACGAUGGGUGUUGGUGGUGGCCGCGCGAAGGUUCAUCCGCCAUCUCGAAGGUCAAAGGAGCGGGCUGACACAACUCACAUGUUCAAAUCUUCCUCUGAAAGUUCACCUUCGCCCAGAGCGAUGUCCCCGCCGCCCAGACCGCAUUCACCAUUAGCUUUCCAUGCGCCGGAGCCGGCCUUAGAUGAGUAUCCCCCAUCCAUGCGGGAUAGGGAUAAAGAAUAUACUGCCGGGCCUACGAUGCGCAUUAAACAUAGGACAGUCUCUUGGGGAUCGCCAAUGGAAGGUGGAAUAGUGCGCAAGGAGCGCAAAAGGCGUUCAACGAUCUGGGAGGCACCACGACCACGACCAUCACCACCACCACCACGACUACUACCACGAUCACCAAUGGUCUCACGAGUGCCAAGAUCAUAUUCGCCAGCAGGAUAUGGCUUAGAGCCAUUUAGAGUAUUCUCACCGACCGAGGAUUAUGGAUCUGCGAUACCUGAUAGAUCAGCUUUAGAAGAAUCCUCCAGCGACAUAUCCGGGGAAGGAAUGCCACCGCGCACACCUGAGACUCUUUUCUUGGAACUAUCCGAGAAGGAUAACGACGCCACCAACACCGACGCAGCGGUGUCGCGGAGGACUCGUCGAAUCACAAAACGAAGGCCGUUACCACCCUAG